AUGCUAGCUGCGCAUUCAUCUAUAUAUUUGUGCAUGUUAAAUAAUCGAAUAUAUAUCUUUUCACUAGAUGAAUCUGCACUUCUUGGUCGUGACACUCUUCGAUUAGCAACUGAACAACAUGCUCAAACAAAUAAAUCUAAUGUUCUUUCAACAUCAAUUAUAAAUACAGCAAAUAAAAUACGUAAUGCUACUCAAGUAAAAAUUCUUGAACAACAUGUUCAACAUGCUUUUCAACAUUGGAGUUUAAAAUUCAAACAAAAUAAUAAAUUUUUAUCUUCAUCUGAUAGUCCAAAUAUAACAGUAACAAAUCAUUUAAAUGAUAGACAACAACCUGUUGUUUUACGUAAACCACGUCAACGUAUACGUACUGAAAAAAAUUGGCGUUUAUUUUAUCAAAAAUUUGCUAUGGAUCAUGCACGACCAACAUUAAUAUGGAAUAAUAAAACACGUGAUGAAUUACGUGAAACAAUUGAAAAUGAAAUAAGAAAUUUUAAUAUUGAUAAAGAUCUUGGUCAUGGACAUUUAAUAUCAUGGAAUCACAAUGAAUUUGAAGUUUUAUAUCAAUGUUUAAAUGAUGAAAUUAAAAUUGGAAGUGUUUAUUUACGUUUAUUACUUGAGCAAGGAGAAUUAACAGCUAAUAAUGAUGCAGCAGCAGAUGCUUAUAAUCCAUAUGAAUUUUUUAAUGAUCUCUAUCAUCGUUUUCUAUUAUCUCAACCGGUUAAUAUAAAACAAGCAUCAAUGAAAUCAAUGUGUUUACAAGCAAUGACAAUUGUUUAUGCUCGUCAUUAUGAAACUAUUGGUCCAUUUAAUGAUACAAGACAUCUUGUUCUUAUGCUUGAUCGUUCAACAGAUAAAUGUGAACGUGAUCGUUUACUUAUGUUUAUAAGUAAACUUAUAUUAAAUCAUCGAAAUGUUCGAGAUAUAAUUGAUUGUGGUGGAGUUAAAAUUUUAAUACAACUUAUGUGUUUAGCACAUUUACAUAUAAAUCGUGCACAAGUACCAUUAGCUUCAAAUGUACUUGAAUCAUCAACAACGAUGACAAGAGAAAAUGAAAAAGAAUGGUAUUAUGGAAAACAAGAUAAAGAAAAAGUUGGACCAUAUAGUUUUAGUGAAAUUAAAGAUUUACAUAAAGAAGGAGUUUUUGAUGCUAAAACUCGAUUUUGGGCACAAGGUCUUGAUGGUUGGAAAACCAUGGAUCGUAUUCCUCAAUUAAAAUGGACAUUACUUGCUGGUGGUCAAUCUCUUUUUAAUGAUAGUGAAUUAGCAGCAAUUAUUCUUGAUAUAUUAAUAUCAAUGAGUGAACUUUAUCCUUCACGUGAUCAAGUAAAUGGAGCAAUAAUUCGCCCAUUUCCAAAAAUUAAACGUUUAUUAAAUGAUCCAACAUGUUUACCACAUGUUGUACAAUUAUUAUUAACAUUUGAUCCAAAUUUAGUUGAAAAAAUUGUUAUAUUACUUAAUAAACUUACACAAGAUAAUCCAUUAUUAGCACAAUUUUAUAUGACUGGUGUAUUUUAUUUUAUUUUAAUGUAUACGGGUUCAAAUAUUUUACCUCUAGGACAUUUUUUAAAAUAUACACAUUUAGCACAAGCAUUUCGUUCUGAUGAACAACAACAAAAAUCGGGUGAAAAAAAAGAUAUUUAUUUUCGUUCUAUACUUGGUCAUNAAUUAUGA